GCUACGGCAAGCCACUUGGUCCUCAAAGGUUGUGAUUGAUCAUUGUUGCCAGCCAACUAGUAAAACAACAUAACUGUCCACGGAGUCAAGUGAAGAUAGGCAAGGGAUAAAUAUUUUCAGCAGAAUGAGCAGUUGCAGGUGUAGUGUGCAGUGGGGGGGUCUGCUCCUCCUCCUGUCCUGCUGUCUGCUGUGUGUUGACUCUCAGGUGGAGUCACAGCCUCAGCAGCAGCCUCCCCCGCCGGUCAUAGACAGUGGAGCCUCCAUAUCCGGCCACGCUCACGGCCGCCUGGACAGAAACAUGGUCCAGGACAAAGACCACAUCAUGGAGCAUUUAGAUGGAAUGAUAGACAAACCAGAGAAAGAAAUGACACCCCAGGAGCUUCAGCUGCACUAUUUCAAGAUGCACGAUUAUGAUGGCAACAACCUGCUGGAUGGACUAGAGCUAGCCACAGCUAUCUCACAUGUACACCGAGAGGAGAGAGGAGAGGACAGCCAGCCGUUGAAAGAGGAGGACCUCAUCACUCUCAUUGAUGAUGUUCUCAAGGACGAUGACAAGAACAAUGACGGUUACAUAGAUUAUGCAGAGUUUGCCAAAUCGCUGGAGUAAGAUGUCCCCUGAGAACUUACACACUUCAUACCAACAACAACAGCAACAACAACAAGGAAUCUGCAGAGAAAAGAAGGCCAACUGAGUAGCCACCAAGCUGUCUUGGAAAACCAUUGUUUACUCUUUGCUUUCUCUCUCGCAGGCGAUCAGUCAGGGCUAUUGAUAAUUUAUAAGGUUUGGGACAUU